GGGAGGUAUGGCAUUUUGUUUUCAGGUAGAGGGGGAGAACCAUGGUAAAACAAUUGAGAGGGGAAGGGCCAUGACAUCUUUUUCAGGUGGUGGGGGGCAUGGUAAAAUUUCGGAGGGUCGUGGAUUUUUUUUCAACGAACUUCCAGUGCACCAUGGCCAGCCCUGGCCCCCUUAGUAGUACCAAAUAUGAUCUUAUAAAUUAUAUAAAUUACAGUCCAUGUAAAAUGGUAUAUCUUUUUAAUCUUCGUGUGACCCAUUAAAGCAGUGAGUGGACUAUAUAACACGAUGAUGUAACCUACGUAGUCUCACCACGGACGCCUUACUGAAAAUCACUUGAAGCUGAAAUUUGUUGCAUGUCAGGCUCUUGCCAUGGACGCUAGCAUCUCAGCACUGUGGCGACUCUUGCUUCUGAACUCCCUCGUGUUUGGCAUAGAAGUCUGUGUCGCUGCAGGGUUCAACCUUGCACCGGCGCUGUUACUAAAGUCAGGGAUGGAACGCAGUCAGAUGAGCCUUGUCCUCGGUGUUGGGCCUUUCCUAGCGCUCAUCCUCGUACCUGCAAUCGGUGUAACAUCAGACCAGUGCCGAAGCAGUCUAGGAAGAAGACGUCCGUUCAUUCUGAUAUUAUCGUUUGGAAUCUGCCUCAGUCUUCUCCUUAUACCAUACGGAGAACUCAUAGGGAACGCUUUAGGUGGGAAGCCGUAUGCCAUGUUGAUUCUGACGAUCGGGGUGGUUCUUCUAGACUGUUGUACCGAAUUAUGUUGGGCACCGAUGGAAGCAUUAAUCUCGGACGCAUACGGAAACACUGACUUGAGUGAGAGGAGCUUUCUUGUUUACAGCUUCAUGAUGAAUGCUGGCGGAAGUGUCGGCUACCUACUCGCAGCCAUCGACUCACGGGAGAACUCCUUUCUGGCUGAGUGGGUGGGAGGACAAGAACAAGCAGUAUUUCUACUCCUCUUCCUUCUCUUGGUUUUCUCCUUGGGUGUCACAGCAUUUAAGGCAAAAGAAAAGGUCUCCGAGGAAAGUGACAGUCCACAGAAUCUGACAUUGACACAGAACAGACGAUGCAGAAUAUGUGAUUUUGUGCCAAGGACAUGCAUACAAUCAGUGCUUGCCUUCACUAGACUAAUACCAAAGUGUCUCCAAAACUCUAUGGAAAUACCGUCUGUGCUUAGGAGACUGCAAGUGGCUCAUUUCUUCAUGUGGGCGGCACUGUUAUGUUACAUAGAGUUCUUCUCUGACUUUGUUGGGGAGGCAGUCUACCCCGGUCGCCCUCACGCGGUGGUUGGGUCGGAGGAGAGGAAGUUGUUCGACCAGGGCGUGCGCAUGGCAAGCUUCGGUCUCCUUAUCCAGUGUGUGACUGCAACUGUCUCCUCCAUGUUUCUUGAGAUCGUGGUGAAACGAAUUGGUGAAAGGAAAACGCUGCAGUUGUCCAUGGCGAUCUUCACGGUGGGAAUGACUGUUCUCGUGAUCGUGAGGACACCGCUCAUGGUCGUGAUGAUGUCAUCAUUGACAGGGCUUGCCAGCGCUGCUGCCAACUCCAUACCGUUCGCGCUGGUCGGGACCUAUCAUGAACAACGAGAGAUUUUCUUUGCCUUCGACAGUCCAGCAACGGAAUCUUCUGGCGUUGGCGCGCACAUGGCCGCUCUGAACACUAGCUACUACCUCGCACAGAUCAUGUUGUCUGUGUUUAUGGGGUACAUCGUACAUAUCACCCGUUCUGUCACCACCUACAUCACGUGUGCAGCUCUCCUGGGCAUGGUGGCUUGUUUUACGUUAAGUAGGAUCGUCGUGACAGAAGAGGAGUUACAAACAAUACAAAAUGACAGGGCUAGCUAG